AUGGCACCUGCAGAACUAAGAGAAUUGAAGGAACAACUGAAGGACUUGCUCGAUAAAGGCUUUAUCAGGCCAAGUACUUCCCCAUGUGGUGCCUCAGUGCUCUUUGUUCGAAAGAAAGAUGGAUCCUUGUGGAUGUGUAUUAACUAUAGACAACUAAAUAAAGUCAGUAUAAAGAAUAAAUACCCUCUUCCACGGAUUUAUGACUUAUUCGAUCAGUUACAAGGUGCCAAAUGCUUUUCCAAGAUUGACUUGCGGUCUGCUUACCAUCAGUUGCAAGUCAGGGAAGUUGAUAUCCCAAAAACAGCAUUUAGGACGAGGUUAUAUGCUAAAUUCUCUAAAUUUGAUUUUUGGCUUACCUCAGUAGCUUUUCUUGGUCAUGAUAUUACAAGUGAGGGUAUUAAGGUUGAUGGACAAAAGAUUGAAGCAGUGAUGACUUGGCCAAGGCCCUUGAAUGCGACGGAGAGGGAAUUGAACCUACGACAAAGGAGAUGGCUAGAAUUGUUAAAGGACUACGAUGUUGACAUUUUAUAUCAUCCCGGUAAAGCUAAUGUUGUUGCUGAUGCGCUUAGCCUGAAGUCCAUGGGUAGUCUAAGUCAUGUUGAAGCUGAUAAGGCUGGAAUUACAAAAGACAUGCCAGCUAGUUAA